CUCUUGCUGUCAUCUGAUGUCGGUAUCUCUCUGAUAUCUAGCAUAUCUACCUGUCGGAUGAUUCCCAUGCUCUAAAUCUUUGUCCCCGUCACGCCCGUGGCCCUUGUGGAUGAACGAAUGCGUGCCCAACGAGCCAUGAAUGACGCUGCAUUGCGCUGCUGCUGCUGCUGCUCUCGAACUAUCAACCACCAUCACCGCAACAUCCCUUCUGCCUGAUUGAUUCGUCAGAUCUUGUCUCCUGCACCACCAUCUGACUAGUGUCUACGGUGACAACCUUCCACCCCACCUUUCUCUUGUCCCCCUCUCAUCCACGCCUCGUUUCGCCGUUGGAUUCCGGAUCGCCAUGGCCGACGUGGGGGACCGCAUGUUCUGCCAUGCUUGUGGCGGCGUCUGGCUGCGCGAAGCUCAGGGCAUGAUCUGUCCGCACUGCGAGUCAGACUUUACUGAAAUUAUCGAAAUUCCGCCAGAUCCCGACGCCGAGCCCCCGCCCUCAUUCCACCGACCCCCCUCGCCCCCCGCCGCGGCCAACGCCCGCUCCCCGAAUCCAUGGGCAGACCACAACCCCUGGGCACACCAGGAGGAAGAUGAUGACCUCGAUCAAGGUUGGGGUCCCGGACAUGGGAAUGGAUUCACCCAUCGCACAUAUCGGUCUCCGGACGGCCGUUUCACCUUCUCCACCACGACCUAUACCCAUGGCCUCCGAGGGGGGUCACCUCCGACCCAACAGCGACAGGCAAACCCCGACCCAUUAAUGCCGAUGGUGCAGGGUCUAGAUAGCAUCUUCCAUGGUCUCGCAAGCACCUACCGACAGCAAAAUCGCCCAGGCGGCCAAGCUCAAGCUUCAGGCACAGAUCGCGACCGCGGGAGGACACUGGGAUCUUUUGCCUUUGACAUCGAGGCGGAGGGCCGGACCGGCACGCGGGACGGUGGUCUGCACCCGCGAGAUGCGGAUGGUCCGCAACCGGUGAAUAAUCCUCUACGGACACUGGGCGAUAUCUUGGAGCUGUUCCGCUCGGAUUUCGGCACCAACACGCAGGCAGGUGGCACUGGCGGCGUCCGGGUGAUGACGGGGCCGAAUCCCCUCGCCAUGCUGUCCACGUUGCUAAACUUCGAUCGUCAUGGGGACGCAGUAUACUCGCAGGAGGAGCUGGACCGCGUGAUCUCUCAGCUGAUGGAACAGAACGCCAACCGCGGAGCGCCACCACCAGCCCCGCCCAGUGCGAUCCAAUCGCUGCCGAAGAAGAAGGUUGAUGAGGAGAUGCUGGGGAGCGAAGGUCGAGCGGAAUGCUCGAUUUGCAUGGACACGGUGGAGCUAGGGACUGAGGUCACGGUGCUACCUUGCAGCCACUGGUUCCACUACAGCUGCAUCGAGCUGUGGCUGAACCAGCACAACACGUGUCCGCACUGUCGACGAAGCAUCGAUGCGCCCCAAACCGAAGGCGCCAACAGUCCUCCCAGAAACAGACCAGCAGCAGAGGGCACAAGCGGCAACCCAGUAGUUAUCCCCGACAGUCCAGAGCGCGAACGGACCCAGCCAUCAGCAGCGCGAGACGCUGCAUCACCAUCGGGUUGGAGCUCGCAGUCAUUCUCCUCAUGGUCAUCACCAUGGUCGGGCUCAGAGGGCCCAGAACAACAACAGCAACGCCGGAGUAGUCGAGGUGAGGGUUCAGGAGGGUUCACGGGGUGGGUACGCAGUCGAUUAGGCGGAGGGAGUGGCUGAUGGACGAGAUGGGAGCGCAGCAUACAAAUUACAUUUGGGAGAUUGACGAUUGAUGAGGUGUAUGUAGUAAUGACUUGACUUCGCGGAGUUUGCUUGCUUUUUAUUGACAUGACAUGACAUGACACGACACGAUGAAGAUAGCUAUUCACACACGCAUGCACACACACACAGAGAGAGCAUUUAUACCUCAUCUAUAC